AGGAAAGCGGUGUGGCUAAGGAGGAAGUACAGUAGCUAUACCAAUGUGAAUUGAUUAAACAUAAUGUAAUUGUUGCUAAUUUAGCAACUACUUUAUUUGCAUUGAAGCGUGUUAGAUCGUUUGCGAAACAUGGCUUGUUUUUUCAGAAGAAAGAUAGCAGCAAAGCUGGGUCGUGCGCUGGCGCAGUCUGAGGAUGUCUUCAUACCAGCUCUGUCAGCAGUUCCAGUUUUUAGGAAACAAGUCCUGACUUCAAACUGUCAAUCAACACAUUACGGAGCAGUGGGGUUUUACCAUCCAGUGGUGACACCCAGCAGCAAUCAGAGGAAUUAGCCAACCGGUUAAAGCAGGACAGUGUGGUGGAAGAUAUUUCUGCUGGAAAUGGAGUGAUACACUUCAAAGUGAAUCGGAAGCUUCUUGUCGAGAAAAUGUUGGAGCCAUUUGGAAAGGAGGAGGAUGAUCACACAUUUGGAUUAAAUAGUGAACUCUUCAAGACUCUUAAGAAAGGAACAACAUUACUCUCCAAAUAUUGCCAAGAAGUUUCACGCUGGACACUUAAGAUCUACAAUUAUUGGUGAGUUUUGUCUUGAACUUAUUUACACAUAAAUAUAUAUAAAUAAUUAUAAUUUCCGUCUCCAGGUAACUUCAUUGCCAACCUAAAGCAGUCACUUGGAAACAAUGUUAUCAGAAUGAACUACCUCGGAGACUGGGGUAUGCAGUUUGGUUUGCUAGGAGCUGGGUUUGGAAAAUUUGGCUGCCAGGAAAAAUUGAAACAGAAUCCCCUACAGCAUUUGUUUGAGGUUUAUGUUCAAGUAAACAAGGAAGCAGCGCACAAUGAGGACAUGAUGCAGGCGGCCAGAGACUUCUUCAGACAGCUGGAGCAGCAUGAGAGCGAAGCUGUGUCGUUAUGGCAACAGUUCAGAGAGAUCACAGUGGACGAGUAUCAACGUGUUUACAAACGUUUAAACGUCCACUUUGAUAUUUACUCCGGGGAGUCCUUUCACCAACAUGGAGCCCAGGAGGUGGUGCAGCAGCUGCAGAGCCGAGGCCUGUUGAAAACCUCUGAGACAGGAGCCGGUGUAGUGGAUACGUCCACAGAUGGAGACAUGAGCAGCGUCUGUGCGGUGCAGCGCGCUGACGGUACAACGCUGUACAUCACCAGGGAUCUUGCUGCAGCGAUCGACAGAAAAGAAAAGUACAAUUUUGAUGAGAUGAUUUAUGUGACGGAUAAAGGUCAAGCCAAUCACUUCAACCAGUUGUUCCACGUUCUGCGUGCUUUGGGACAUUCUUGGGCUGACAGGUGUGAGCAUGUGCCCUUCGGCCUGGUGCGGGGCAUGAGCACCCGCAGCGGGGAGGUGGUGUUUCUGGAGGACGUUCUGAACGAGGCUCGCAACAGGAUGCUGCACAACAUGAGCCAGUCAAAGACGACAAAAGAAAUGGACGACCCUGAGGACACAGCAGAGAAAGUGGGAAUCAGUGCACUAAUAGUCCAGGACUUCAAAGGUCCUCUGCACUCGGACUAUAAGUUUGACUGGGACCGGAUGCUGCAGGCUCAGGGAGACACGGGCGUCUUCCUCCAGUACACACACGCUCGACUCUGCAGUUUAAUACGCAGGAAUGAAGGUGUCUGUGGAUUUAUAUUUGAUCCAUCGCUCCUACUCGAGCCAACGAGCAUCAUCGUCCUGCAGCACCUCCUGCGCUACGAUGAGGUUUUGUACCAAUCAUCCCAGGAUCUGCAGCCCAAACACCUCGUCAACUUUUUAUUGAAGCUGUGCCACCUGGUUGCCUCGGCACACAGAGAGCUGCCGGUAAAAGGGAGCAGUCUGGAAGUUGCACAGGCGAGGUUGCGACUGUUCAGUGGAGCGGGCUCAGUCCUGGCCGGCGGGAUGAGGAUCCUGGGAAUCACACCGGUGGAUAAAAUGUGAAGCUACAUUAUCAGUGUUCAUUUAACAACUGAGGUACCACACUGCUUUAAUUAUUACUGUAAAUAAAAGGCCUUUUUAUUUAAAUAAAAAUUAUCAGAAGA